AUCAGAUGAUUGCAGAUGAUUAGCUCGGAGGCAUCGCUUGGUGCCUCUACCUCUACCUAUUUUACUCAACCGCAUUCUGAGCAGGAGUACAUGAAUAACGGGAAUUUCCCUCCUUCUACCUACUCAUAUCAACCGGGAAUGAUGUGUGCCAUGCAAACUCAAACGCAUUGUUUUGGGAACUUCCCAUUCGGCCUGCCUCCGCCUCCUCCAGUGCCACCACAGUACCCCCAGCCUCCCGUACAACAACUUCCCCCACAUCCGUUUGAUGACCGAAGAAUACCCGGACCGUCCACGGUCAACCCAAACAUGGCUGUCGUACCUGCACCCAUGGUGCAAAAUUUCGCACUGCCCGCUUCUGCGCCACCACCGCCGCCGUUCGCCUAUCCGGGCGGAGGUGGCGCAACAACCGGCACCACCAGCAGUGGACAGACUUUCGGCGCUUCUGCCAUGGACACUUGUCAGCAAAUCUCCCAUGUGUUGCAGUGUUACCAGCAGGGUGGUGAAGACGCCGAGUUUGUGCGGAAGGCAAUUGAAAGUUUAGUGAAGAAGUUGAAGGAGAAGCGAGUCGAGUUGGAUGCAUUGAUUACGGCCAUCACAUCAGCUGGGAAACAACCUACCACCUGCGUAACCAUACAACGUUCUUUGGAUGGUCGUCUGCAAGUAGCUGGACGUAAGGGAGUUCCUCAUGUUGUCUAUGCCAGGAUAUGGCGAUGGCCGAAUGUGAACAAAAAUGAACUUGUGAAGCUUUCGAUGUGCACCAUACCGAAUGAACAUCAAGAUUUUAUCUGCAUCAAUCCGUAUCAUUAUGAGCGUGUGGUAUCAAACGGCCUAGCUCCGCCUGGUAAGCUACAAUUCUAA